UCUUGGGGGAUUUUUUAAAAAGCCACCUGCCAUCUAUCGUUUUGCUAUUAAUGCAGACAAGGAAAUACGGUAGUAAAUCCAUUUUUGCUAAGAUCCAUUUUUAGAAGUAAAAAAAUAAAUGAGAACGUGUUGGAGCUUCUUUGGAAGCUGCAUUCAUACAUUCAGCAAAAUGAGGAAAUAAUUGUGAUGAUUCCCCAAGUCAAACGCUAUUGUUACCGUUUUCUUUUUUCACUUCAUCUUUUUGGAAUGCUGGUAAGAUGAGGUUUGCCAUAUAAAUAUGGUAUGAAGACACAGAAGAGCAGCACAAACAAUUCAGAGAAAUCCAAGUCUUCCUGCUGCCAAGAUGAAUAUUUUCAAGGCAAUCUUACCAGAGGUUAGGGAGAUUUUAUCAAAUGCUUCCGCCCUGCAGGUUCAAACUUUCCUGGAAUACAUGUUGGGGGAAGGAAUCAUAUCAAACGAAUAUUAUCAGACGUUACUUUAUGAAAAGGACACUGAUGAUUUAGCAAGGAAGAUUGCUCUGACCCUUCUUGGAAAACAGGCUGAGCAACUGAAUUCCACAGGCCUGUCCUGUUUACAGCUUUCUGGCAAUCCUAGAGGAAAUGCUAAGAAUGGAGCAGUCUCACUGAGGACUAGAAACUUGACUGAUGAUGUGACACCCGCAAGGAUCCCGCCAGAGACCCUCUGCGAGGUCCACCCUUCAUUUCUGGGCAAGCUGACGGAAGAGAUGGCCGAGGCUCCUCCAGUUCAAGCCACUGAGGUGAUCAGCGACGAUCAAGACAACCCCGAGGUGUUUUACACUGUGGAACGGGAUGAAAGCGGAGAAGUUGUCUGCCUGUGCUCCGAUAUGGGGGAGGCCUAUGACAAAAUCGCUGCACUGGCUGAAUACUUACUAAAAGACCAGCAAGACGCCCCGGUGGACGAGCACUUUGAGAGCCUCUUUUCGGAUGUCGCAGCUGCUGAAGGCUCCAGGGGCUGCACAGAGGCCCCAGAUGCCAAGCGCCAAAAGCUGGCUCUCUCGCCGGCUCUGUGCAUUGUGAGCGGGGACCCCGUCACCGUCCCUCUGAGCCCCGACCAGGAGGGCACCAUCUCUCCGUCCGACUUCCGCGUGCAAAUUUUGGUGGCCGCUGUUGGCCCUGCGGGGAAACCUCCUGAAGCGUUCGGAUCUUCUGCAAAUCCGGAGCUCUGGUGCUUCCCGCGACAUAUGAGCAAUAUCCAGAUGAUCUUCACCUUUGAAAAUGCCCAGGACCCCCCCUUGCCUCCUGGGCCACCAACUUCCCCAGAGCUGGUGAGGGCCUUCUGCAAGCGGAUGAAAGACCAUUUCCGGAGAGAGUGCCAGUCAGGGCCUCGGCAGCUCCUGGGAGAUCUUUACCUUGACGGGGACUUGGUGCAGCAUCGCCCAGACAGUAGGAGUGGGAGGAGUGCGGACCUGAGGUUCUGCAACCCAGGAGAGAAGUGGGAGGCCCCCGUGGAGAGAAGCAAGCUAUUCCAGAUGCCUGGGAAAAAUGACCUGGGCAGCAGAGUCAUUGUGGUCUUGGGGAAGGCAGGCAUGGGGAAAAGUCUUCUGGUCCAGAAGAUCUGCCUGGACUGGGCCAAUGGCCAGAUAGCCCAAUUUGACUUUGUUUUCCAAUUUGAUUGCCGGAGGCUGACCCUUCUCCAUGGGACCUACCAUGACCUCAAACCCCUGCUCUUGGACUCCCUGGGUGGGCUCUGCGAGGGAGUGGAUGAAGUCUAUGAGCUCAUGUUGAAGAACCCAGAAAGAGUCCUCCUCCUUUUUGACGGUGUGGGAGAACUGAAGGAUCCAGAUGGCUUUCCGUCUGGUUCAGGGAGCCCGUCCCACAGGAAAGCUCACGGCAUUGGCAUCAUCUUGGCCGCCCUUUUCCAGAAGAAGUUACUCAAUGGCUGCACUUUGUUAUUAACGGCACGGCCCAAAGCAAGGCUUCCCCAGUAUUUCCCUCGGGUGGACACAGUCCUGGAAGUCGUGGGCUUCUCUGUGGAGCAGGCAUCGCUCUACCUUGCCCGCUACUUUGAAGGCUCCUCCCACUGGGAUCAGAAGGUGAACCUGAUCAAAACCUCUCCUUACCUGUUCAGUCACUGUUACAAUCCUGGCCUCUGCCAGUUUAUUUGCGGGGCUAUAUUUGAAAUGAGAGGUGAAGAGCUGCCUUCCACUCUUACCGGCCUCUUCGUUAGGUUCCUUCUCCACAAGUUGGCAAGUUCAAGAGCAAACAGCGCGGCCUCAGACUAUCAGAACAUCACUGCCUUAGCUGAGGUCUCUUGGUCUCUUGGUCAACGUUGCCAAAAUGCCCUCUUGAGCGAUCAGUUCCCUUCCGUUGAUGUAAAGGAGUUUGCUCUGAAGACUGGGCUCAUGGUGGAGGAGCGGGGUGUAUAUGUGUUUUCCAACUUCGGGAUCCAAAAUUUCUUGGUGGCCCUGCAUUUGACUCUUGCCAAAGAGAUCAAGGGCAAAAAACUCACCAAAUACCUUGGCUUGGGGUCCAAGUCCAGGAAAUUCCUCUCUUCAUGGGGCCUGGUGCCCCAUUUCUUGUCUGGCUUACUGUUCUUUAAGGAUGACCUCAGCAGUUCCUUCCUUUUUGGCAAGGAAGGUGAGCUAGAUACAGAGAAGAUGAUCACCAAGAAGCAGAGAAGUCUUUCGAGAUUCAUCCGGAAAGUUUCCAUUAGGGAUUUAAGACCAGACAAACUACUGGAGCUUCUCCACUGUGUCCAUGAAACAGAAGACCAAUACCUCUUGAACCAUUUGGUCCUGGAGCUCAGGCCAGACCUCUCUUUCUUGGGCUCUCCACUCACUCCAUCUGAUGUCGAUGUCCUGCACUCUGUGUUGAGAAGGUCCUCCAAGGAGUUCGCUUUAGACCUGAGGGGGAGUUGCCUUCACUUGGAUGGACUCAGGAGGCUUAUUGACUUGAAGAAUGUCACAAAGUUCAGGGUGCCCCUCGAUGAGGCUGUUGAGCUCUGGAGGCACCUGUGGGAAAUCAAGGAGAGGAAACCCCUGCAGACAGCCAUGGAGAAAUUCCUUGUGGUGUCCUUCAGAGCCAAGACAAUGAAGGACGUGGACUCGCUUCUCAGUCUGGUGCAGCUGCAGAGAGAAAUGGUGGAAAGCAGGGAGGACUCAGGGGGUUCCAGCAGCCAUCUCAUUCCAGCCAUCGCUGGGCUCCUGCAACUAGAAUUCAGCCUCGGGCCCAGCUGUGCCCUGGAGGGUUUCCAAAAGUUGGCGGAGUCUCUGGUUGCCUUUCCAGCUCUUCGGCAUUUGGACUUGGAUUCCCCCGAAGAAAAUGAAAUUGGAGACGAAGGGAUGAAGUUCCUCAGCUGCAUCCUUCCGUGCUUGGCGUCUCUGGAAAUGCUGAACUUGUCCCGGAACAAGAUCACGGAUCUGGGCACAGAGCCGCUGGCCAGAGCCCUGCCGUCCCUGCCUCUGCUGAAGACACUCAGCUUGUACAAAAACAACAUCGGGGAUGCCGGAGCGGAGCGUUUUGCCGAGAUGCUCCCCCAGAUGAGCGCCCUGCGGGUGUUGGACCUGCACUGCAACACGAUUUCUGCCGCCGGAGCCCAGCGUCUGACGGACCGCUUGAGGAGAUGCCCCCGCAUUCAGAGCGUGGCGCUGUGGAACCCAACUAUCCCUCACGGGGUUCUUGACCACCUGCAGCAGCUGGACUCUCGAAUCAGAAGAUUUUAGAGGCAGAUGCGGACUGAUAGGUUUGGACUCUGACGCGGGCGGGUGUCUUCAAGCGACGUUUAGGAGCUUCUGUGGUUCCACAUUCCGCCUAUUAAAUGCUCCUCACUGUGGAACGUGUGCUGAAUUACCCUCUUCCCAGUCAUCAGCCUCUCAAAAUGGGGGCUGGCGCUGUUGGUCCCCCUGCUUUUGAAACUACCAUAAAUCACCAGAAGCUAUUUAUGGUUGUCGGCGUGUUGAACCCUUUCAUCUGGCCUGUGACAAAAAUCUCUUUCAGUUAAUUUCAUCAAGGUAACUGAUGAAUAAGCACUUUGAAUUAAAAUGGUGCCCCCGAUCAAUCCAUCAGGCUGAAGAGUCACUCCCCCGCCUCACGUCUUACUUCUAAUCCUAGAGCUAGGAACCUUCGGGUGGCGAUCGCGUGACUUUAAAGGAGGCCUCUCCCCUGUUUUCUCUCACACAGGAGGAAAUUUUGCUGCUAAGCUAAAGCCGGGUGACCCAUAAAGGCUGCUUUUUUUCUGUCCAUGAAUAUAACCACCCAAAAGUACCCUCCGGGGUAGCUGGACUAUAGGUCCUACGUUUUGCGAUGUUGGUGAAGGCAAGUGGAAGAAUGUCAUAAAAAUGGUGCGCGCGCGCGGGCAUAGAUGGAUGUGUGCUUCCGUUCUUGCUCAAGCAGAAGUACCUGUGGAGAAUAAGCCACUGACUUUUUUUUACUUCUGGUGCUUCCUGGAUAAACUCAGCUACCUUUGAGCACUGACACCUUUCUGAAGUACUUCUGUGUGAAUUCAGAAGAUCGGCCGCUCGCAGCUUGCUGGAAGUGUGGAGAAAUAACGUCUUGGAACUGACGCGCGAGCAGGCAAGGCAGAACUGGAAUCCUGAGCACACAAGAGGUCAUUUAGCAACUGGGGAGGGUGCCUCUGUGCCUAUAAGCUUUUUUCUACACGCCAACUUACGGGAGUUAACUCUAAUGUACAGUUUUCAGAUCCUCAGGAACUGUCAUUAAACCUUUUUCUAGAAGUGUCUGACUUGAUUUUGGAAAAUGGGGAUAUUUAUGGAGUCUUGGAUUAAAAAUUCGGGGGAGCUGUUAAACGAGCAGUUUUGCACUGAUUUUGUACAAUGCAUCCUUCCCUUUAG